AUGGAAUACAGACAUGAUGUGUGCUUGGAGGAGCUGUGCCCAGUCUGUGGAGAUAAAGUCUCUGGGUACCACUAUGGUCUGCUUACCUGUGAAAGCUGCAAGGGAUUUUUCAAAAGAACAGUUCAAAACAGCAAGAAGUACACUUGUAUAGAAAACCAGGCAUGCAGAAUUGAUAAAAUUCAGAGGAAACAAUGUCCAUUCUGCAGGUUUCAAAAGUGUCUACAUGUUGGGAUGCGGCUUGAAGCUGUACGAGCGGAUCGCCUGCGGGGUGGCAGAAACAAGUUUGGCCCCAUGUACAAGCAUGAUCGUGCCCUCAAGCAGCAGAGAAAAGCACUGAUACAAGCAAGCAGUAUUUGUCCAGAAAGCAGUUUUUUACUGGCUUCCUCAAAACACCAGAAAGCUUUUACCGUGACUGGAGGCCUACAUCGUCAUACAGUUUUUUGGAGCACCCCAUCACUCUGUUCAUUUCUGCCCUCUAACUCAUCUGGUGUCACCCAGGACCUGCACACUUCAUUGUCAAACCAGACCUUCAUGUUAGAGUACAGCAGUAACUGUGCAAGUUCAACAGGCACUGCUGCUGGAAUCGUCAUCAACCCAAGCCAAUACUCAAGUCAUUUCUCUAACCAAGGUUCCAAUAUGCCUCCUCUUGUGGUGGAGUUCCUUCGCUGUGAUCCAGAUGAGAUAGAGCUCCAGAAUAAGAUCACCACUCGUCUCCAGCAGGAGCAAAUGUGCAGGGAGAAACAUAGGGACAAUGACACCUUUAGUCUCAUGUGUAUCAUGGCUGACCAGAUGCUGUGCUCCAUUGUGCAGUGGGCACGCACAUCAAUCUUCUUCAAACAGCUUAAGGUCGGUGACCAGAUGAAGAUUUUGCACCACUGCUGGAGUGAACUGUUGCUUCUGGACAUCAUCUCCAGACAGGUCUUAUAUGGCAAAGAGGGCAGCCUGCUCCUGGUAACUGGGCAGGAGGUGAUACUAUCAGAUCUAGUCUCUUGUGUCAGUCCUCUUGUGGCCAGUCUGACCCAGAGAGGACAGGACCUGGUUGAGAAGCUUCACGCCCUAAAGGUAGACCGCCAGGAGUUUGCUUGCAUCAAGUUUCUCAUCCUCUUUAACCCAGAUGUGAAGGAGCUUGAAGGUCAUGGUUUUGUGGAGACUGUGCAAAAGCAGGUUGAAGGAGCCCUGCUCGAAUACAUACUGUCCAGCUCUUCACAGUACCUUGGCCGCUUUGCUCAUCUGCUCCUGUGCCUGUCUGAGUUGCGCUCUCUCAGCACUCUUACUGAAGACUACCUGUACUUCAGGCAUCUGAGAGGUGAGGUGCCCUGCAACAACCUGCUGAAUGAGAUGCUCCAUGCCAAGUGCAGCUGGAAUGAAGAUUUUUCUGUGCAUGAUAGCAUAAGGAAACAUUAA